UAGAAGGCGAAACGGAAUAAACAAAUUCGUUUAAAUGGAAGAACAAUCCGUUUUAUUAUGUGAACUAGCUGAUGAAUAUUUAGACAGCACUGAAAAUAUUGAUUCGAACUUAGUGUUUCCUUAUGGUAAAAGACAAUGGCAAAUAAAAACAUUCCUAACUGAAUAUGCGAAUGCUCUAAUUCCGAUCAUAACAAACUAUGAAAAACUACGCACCAAAAAACUAUGCUUCAGAGCACUACGAACUCAAAAUGGCUGUUGGACACUUGUAUUCCUUCAGAAGGAAUCGGCCUCGUUAUAUUCGGCAAAUAAACUCGACAUGGAACUUGCUGCUGAGAUUUUGCCAAUUGUUUUCAGCAAUUACACGCCCACCUUAGAAUUUGAAGUGGCGAGAGAACAUCACCAGCGCCAACGUGAACUGAAGAGCUAUGUAACAACGCAGCUGUACAAUGCUUUGCACUGCAAGCAUCAGGAACAGCAAAAUGCCGAGCCAUUGCCCCUGUGCUUGCCGAGUUAUUUCAAAUCUAAGCUAAGAAAGUAUCAGGAACGUACCGUCAGCUGGAUGCUGACACGUGAACGACAGACAAAUGCAUUUCCUGCCAACUAUAUUGCACUGCAGACCGUGAACCACCCGCAUCAAGUAUUCAAGCACAAGUACUGCCUACAAUUCUAUGCGCACCAAGAGGCAAUGCCCAGGAUCUCCUUGCCACCGGGUGGCAUUCUGGCCGAUGAGAUGGGUCUUGGCAAGACCGUUGAGCUGUUGGCCACACUGCUGCUGCACCCAAGAGAAAACGUCAAUAACAGCUAUUGGCGAAACUUGCUGGAAAAUCUGGAGGACAAUGUUCCACUCAAGCUCAGACGCACGAAGCACAAAACCCAUUGCAUUUGCCCGCACUCACAGCAAAGUAAAGAGAAAGUACAGUGCAGCCGUUGUCGGCUGUGGCAGCAUCAAAUGUGUGUACUGGAUGCCAGCGAUGUUUAUAUGUGUCCCAAUUGCUGGACAGAAUCCGCAACGAGCUGCUCGGAGCUGGUUGAAUCGGGAGCUACAAUCAUUGUGUCACCGAAUGCCAUCAAGACGCAAUGGUUCAAUGAAAUCAGCAAGCAUAUAAGCUCCACACUGAAAGUGCUCCUCUAUCCGGGAUUGCACUCUGGUCUCUGGAUUAGCCCAAUGCAAUUGGCCCAGUAUGACAUCGUGUUGACAGACUAUUCCAUCUUGACGCAUGAGAUUCAUCAUACACCCCGCAAUGCAACGGAUCGUGAGAUGCGUUUUGAGCAGCGGUAUAUGCGACCCAGUUCCCCGCUUUUGAUGGUUAACUGGUGGCGCGUCUGCCUGGAUGAGGCCCAAAUGGUCGAGAGCAGCACUUCGCAGGUGGCUGAAAUGGUGCGUGAGCUGCCUGCAGUCAAUCGAUGGGCAGUCACUGGCACUCCAAUACAACGCUCCAUCGAUGAUCUGGCACCGCUUCUAAAAUUUAUUGGCUUCAAGGAGGCGUGCCAGCCAGGGGAUGCCUGGCAAACGGUCUCCAACUCCUUUCUGCUCAACCAUAAGGCUGAACCGCUGCUAGAGCUGCUGCAGCAAAGCAUGUGGCGCACUUGCAAAUCAAAAGUGGAACACGAGCUCGGCAUACCGCCACAAACAGAGCUCGUGCACCGACUAGAGUUGAGCAACGUCGAGUCAUUGUAUUACCGCGAGGAACAUGCCAAAUGCACUGAGCUCUUUCUGGCAGCUGUGGCCAAGCACACAAAACAGAAUCCUAACAACAGCAGCUCCUGCUUGGCUUCCAUAUCACCAAAGCUGCUCAGGAUUAUACUGCAUCCUUUUUUGCGCAUCCGAAAAACCUGCACCGUUCCAGUUGUGCUUAACAAAAAUGUGACCACGACCAACUAUUUGAAUCCACAGGAUCUCUUGGUGCAUCUGAAGUCGAAUAAUGAGAUGCAAUGCAAGCGCGAACUGCGCACAUGGGCCUCAUCCUACAAUGGUAUUGCAGCCAUACAUUUCAUACGCAAACAUUAUGGCCAGGCGAUCCAUAAUUACAAACUGGUGCUGAAGCUGGCUCAGGACUAUAAUGACGAGAACAUAUCCGUGGAUAGUUUGCUCCAAAUACAUGCAUUGCAUAACCUGCUAGAGGCUUCGCAGCUAGCUCCGGAGACAGAGCGCUUGACGGAGCAAGAGCUUUCAUCAAACCGCCUAAAGUUAAACGCAUUGGAGUGCAAAUAUUUGGAAGAGAAGUCAACAGUGCUGCAGGCAGCACGAGCUGCCUAUGAAUCGAAGCUAGAGGAGCUGGAUAAACUGGAGCAGCAAUAUGACACCAACAUUUUAGAGCUAUUCGCCACACUGAUCAAUACAAGUGGAUCCCUGCACAAUGCGCUGUGGAAUAAGAUGGCAGAUGAGUUCUUUAGACAAAAUUGUUCCAAAGAUAAGUUGCAGGAUGUGAACUCCAUGACAGGCGUGCUCUAUAUAAUACACAACUGGCACAGAAACUUGACGAAGCUGCACAAAAAACUUGCCGCCGAAUUUGAAUUUCUUAAGAAUAUUUUGGUGCAGGCGUGUGGAGCAGUGGAACAGGGAGUUGCCUUAAGUCAGGAAACGAUUAAGUUUAUUAGAGAUGUCUCCGAUUGCCACUUGGCUGACAUCUUGGACGACAAAGCCGCUGACAAACCUAUUAGACCAGAAAAGCCAAAGAAACAACAACAAUGUCGUUUAUGUAAGAUUCGGGAUAUGGUCAAUCAAUUUGAGUGCUUGCUGUUUGCCAAGGAACUGGGCAAGGAGGGCACUGUAACGGAUGGUACGGAGAAUCCUUGCAUCGAAAUAAUUAUUAUUAAAGUCGUCUUCGCCUUUUUGCGGUCUAGGAACGAGUUUAGCGAGUUUAAAACCGAAUGUAAAAGUAAACUGGAGUUGCUGGAUGCUCUCCAGAGUCUGGUGAAGUUGCAGAUUAAAUACUGGAUUGAAAUGGAGUAUGUGAUCAAAGCGUUCGAUGAGCUGGACAUGUGCAAAAUGCGCAUAUUACUCACCAAUGAUCCGGAAGAACAGUCCAACUUCCGCAUAUUGCCCUACCAGUUGGACGAGCAGACGGAAUUCAACUUAAACAAUAUUCAAGAAUCGCAGCUGAAUUUUACUCGCUUGUCCGGACGACUGAAGUACUUGAAACAUUUAAAGGAAGAUGCGGGCGAUAAGCCCUGUCCCAUUUGCCAAACUCAGGAUGAUAAGCGCUACGUUAUGUUGUCCUGUGGUCAUUUCCUGUGCCAACAUUGUCUGGACAGCAUGAAGAAGCAAAUGGGUCGCGAUAGCAUUAAAAGAUGUCCAUUGUGCCGGCAAGAUUCGCCACAGCUCUACUAUUCCGUACGUAAGAGUGCCAACAGUUCCGAGGUUGUCGGCGAUUUCUCAACGAAGAUUGCGUACAUUGUUGAGCUAGUCCUGAAGAUCAAAUCCGAAUGCUCUGACAAAGAUCAAGAAAAAAUUCUGAUCUUUUCACAGUGGUCAACAAUAUUGAAUCAUAUUGCCAGCGCUUUAAGCCAAAAUGCGGUCGAGUAUCGCAGCAAAUUCACAAAUCGUGAUAUUGAUGAGUUUAAGGAUGCUGACCGUAAUGUGACUUGCUUGUUAAUGCCCUUAGCUAGAGGCUCCAAGGGCCUCAAUCUAAUUGAGGCUACCCAUGUUUUCCUCGUAGAACCAAUACUGACGCCAGGUGAAGAGCUGCAGGCUAUUGGACGUGUUCAUCGUUUCGGUCAGACGAAAGCGACCACAGUACAUCGUUUCAUUGUAAAUGGCACAAUCGAGGAAAAUAUCAUGAAGCUCAUUAAAUCGGCCGACGACAAAUCCACAUUAUCAACACACUGGGACCUUGAUAACAUGACAUUGGAGAGCCUAAAAAAUCUAUUUAUACUUAAGGAAAAUGAGUAAAAAUAGAAUGAUC